GAACCAUAAACAAGUAUGGACAGAGUUAGAGAGUGUCCGUGAUCUCAGGCUGCAGUUGUUAAAACAUCACCAUGGAGGCAGACAGAGAUGAACUCAUCUCUGAAUGGUCCAAGGCAUUUAAGAAAGGUACUGAUUAUGACCUCUGGGGACAGCCCGUGGAGGCCGUAGACAGCUACCGGAGACUCUCUGAAGCGAUCAACUCACAGACGUGCGAAGAGGACACAAACUUCUCAGAUGAGCAAAAGCGAAUCCUUGGGAAAAUUGUCACCUGUCUGGACCUGCGGAUUGGCCAUUUAAAGAAACCAGGAAAUCAUCAGGGUAUAUCGCUGGAUGAUUUAAACAAAAUUGGGCAGACCUUUGACAAGCUGCUCACCAUGAAGUGUAAAGAUUUUCCCAUAGAUGUGUCAGCUGCCCAAAUCUGGGCUCAUACCAUGAACUCCAUAGCUAUGGUACAUAAUCAGACAGAGAGUUAUGAUGCUGGAAGUCAAGAGGAAGAACAGCACAGAAUCAAAGCUAAAGGCAGUUUGUUGCCUAAACCCCUUCCUAUUGGAGGCAAGCAAGUGCUCACUGUUUUCAUCAGCAAGUUGGGACUGAAGGAUGCCAGUCAGUACUUGGACCCUUACAUCACUGUCUCUGUGAAAAAUAAGCAGGGUAUUGACUUGACAGCCCAACAGGACACACCUAUCUCAGGUAGAAAAGAGGACCAGUAUGUCAUCUUUAAUGUGCCUGUUCACAUUCAGAAACCCAUUGAUAUUUUGCCUCCAGAUUACGCAGUAUACUUUGAAUUCAAACAUUACAAACCUGGAAAAAAGACGCUGAGUACAAAGUGCUGGAGUUUCAUGGAAAGAGAUGAAAUCAAAGAUGGAGAGGCUGUUAUUGAACUAUACAAGAAACCUGCAGAUUUUCGCCGCAAAUCUCUGAACCUGCUGACUGUGAAGCCCCUGUAUUUACACCUCAAACUGUCUAUCAGUAUGUGAAGUCAUUAAAAGAAAAAUUGAGGCAUCAAAAUAUGUUAUUACAUGGUUUAUAUACAAAGCUAUUUUUGUCUUUUAGCUUAUUGGUCUUGAUCUUUACACUGUGAUUUUUACUUUGUCAAUAUACAAUGAAUGGUUUAUGCAUAAUUUUCUGUGUAAUAUUUUGUUGAAGUAUUUCGUGAUGUGCUCACAUUGGCAACUGUAUUUAGAUCAUUAAUAAAGGAAUGUUAUAUUUUUCCAAAA